AUUCCUUCUGCCCUCUAGGAUCACCAUGUCACCCAGUUCUCCUCGAAUGAGUGUGGAAGCAAUGGAAAGCAAUAGAAGAACUGCUUAAAGAGGCAAAACGUGGGAAAACAAGAGCAGAAACAAUGGGACCUAUGGGUUGGAUGAAGUGUCCUCUUGCUGGUACCAAUAAAAGAUUUCUCAUUAACACAAUUAAGAACACACUUCCCUCCCAGAAAGAGCAAGAUCAUGAACAAAAAGAGGGCGAAGAGGAACCUGCGAAGAGCCAGAACCAGAAAGAAGAAAGCCGAAAGAAGCACAGAGCCCACCCUUACAAGCCCAGCUUCCAAGCUCGAGGCACAGUCAGUCAUUCUCCACCGAGGAAGCGGAGCAGCCAGGACAAAUAUGAAAAGCGGUCACGCAGGCGAUGAGGCAGGGAGGGAGAACCAGCAAGACUGUCCCCAGUCACAGUGCUGUUACAUGUGGGAGACUGGGAUGUGCAGAGGUUAUUGAGGACAUGCCCUGAGCUGACAGAGCAGACACCUAAAAGCAUUUUUACAGUAGGUCCUUUGUCCUUGUGACAAGCAAAAAUGACCUAGAAACUCUUCAAGGAAAUUAGUACAAAGGAACUUGCUCUGAAUAUGUCUUGGCCAGUGUAAGCUACUUCCACAGUGUAGUAUACAUAUGUAUUGUUUCUAUUCUAUUUCAUUUAGAAAUUGAUUCCAAAAUAAAUGUAGAACAUAAAGGUUUGCAGAGAUUGUUAAAACUAGUUUCUGGGGGUUUUUUUUGGAUGUGCUGCAAUUGUAGUUAUUUCUCAAAUUUUCUCAAAAAAUGAAAUACUUGUAAAUCCUGUGUGUUACCUUUUGGAGUGACAAAUCUAAAACUUAGAAAUCAUUUUUAAGAAAAGUUAUAGCUUUCCAAGGGCUAGAAAUUUACCAAGAAACUCUUUGGUAACUCUGCAUUUGUUUUCCUUUAAGUGAACAAUGUAGGAAACUCUCAAAUGGCUUUGAAUUUAGUGCUCCAUCAAUGGGCAGUGGUUAAAGAUUGGCUCUGUUGUCCCUUGUGCACUCUCACACUCAUUCCUGAGAUAAAAGUUUUUCUAUAGUUAGUUUCUUUUGAAUAUAUAAGUUUUAAGGGUGCUUUAAAAAGAAAUCUCUCAAAAGUUAAAAUGGACAUAAUUAUUUUAAUGCUAUGUCUUAUUUAGCUAAAGACCUAUAAUAACCACUCUUAGUAUCGGUGUUUCAGAAAUCUUAAUUUUAAAUAAAAAUGUGUUUACAAUGCC